AUGGCCUCGAUUCCCCCCGACCGACCCUACUCCUCAGAUCUGUCUCCAGAAACCACUGCGACAGCAGCUGCGGUAACCCAGAACCAGACAGUGUACUCCUCGGAGACAUCCUCAAACCCGGUCGUCUCCUACUCUCCCUCCCAAUAUUCAUCCCGAUCCAGCUCCGAUAGCGACGACCGAAUCCCGCACUCGAUCGAGGUCACCGACGAAGAUGCUGCCGGUGACGUGGUGGGGGUUAGCAUUGGGCGCGAACAGAGUCGCAUGAAGGCCCGGGCAACCCCCGUGGAAGAGAAGAAUCGGGUGCUGGAACACCAGGGAUCAUAUUUUACCACUAUACCGGAUACUUUAGGCGAUGAUGGUCUGUUUGCAUCGGAGCUCACGGCCGAGCCAGAGUCGGUGGAGCCCAAGGUCGAAAAACCACCAGCGACCGCACCACGCGAACAAAGGUCCGGACAUAAGUCUCGGGCAUCAUACUCCUCUCCGCGGUAUACGCAGCCCGAGCCAGGUCCCCUUGCACAUGGCCCUCCCAGCGACCUCUUUGCCUCGACGCCUGAAAAGACCGGGUCGAAAAACACCGCGGCGAACCAGCGGUCUGGCUUUGUCGGAACCUUGUUGAAAAACACAUUACCUCGCCGACCACGCGCCUGGUCUGGCGAAUUGAAAAAACUCCUGCCUGAUCUGACCUCUUUGAGGAAACGACCCUCUCUCUCAUUCGGUGCCCACAAUGGCCAUAACCGAAUCCGCAGUCAGACAGUAGCUCCUUCCGUGAAAAAGAACGCAGGAGUGCCGAAAAGAACUUCAUCGCUGGUCCUGCGUCCGCCAACGUCAAGUCUUGGACCAAGUAGCUCUAGCAUUGACUAUGACGGAGAAGCCGCUCAGCCGGUGCCUGAGCUGCGCUCGCCAGGGGAAACCCUGACCGCAAAACACUCCUUCACACGGAGACCUAGUUCAUCGAAGCUCGGUCGACCACCAAGUUUGCGGAGAUCCUCGUCGGAUCAAUCACUGUAUCUGCGUGCGUCGUCCACGGCAUCAUCCCUAGAGCAGCGACCAUUGUACGAGAAUGUGCAUACUCAGGUAAACAGCCGGUUCAAGGCAAUCAAGGACAGCCUCCAAGACUCGAGUAGCAGGCUGCUCAGCAUGCCCAAUCUCCAUCUGCAGGACAUCCGCCCCGAUUGGGGCUCUCGUCCAUUCCUGCCAGAUCUUGGAAACGGUUCAUCAAGUAACAGCAACGGUGCUAGUGGUACUUGCAAAGGGGAGCAACCACCACGGACUGCAACCCCGCCGUUAACUCCGCGGACCAAUUCUAACACAACCAAUCCCAUUUUGGAUGAAGCAAUGGCAGAUCUUACGGGCGAUAUCGUGAUUCUAGGAGGCUACCGAGGAUCAAUCCUGCGGUCUGCUAAGCCACCCCAUCGUCAACUUUGGGUUCCGAUGAAGGUUGGCCUGAAUCUGCGGAAAGUGGACUUGGAGGUCGGGCUGAACCCGGAGGAUGAGGAGCGCAUGGAGGAGACCAUCUUUGCAUCCGGGGUUCUCUCUCACGUUGGCCCGGUGGACGUUUGUCGACGACUGAUGAAGCGCCUUCGCAAGAGCGAAAACGCCUUGCGUGGCGACCUGCGUGUCCACGAUUAUGGAUACGACUGGCGUCUAAGCCCCGAGCUGCUCUCGCGCAGGCUCAUUGCCUUUCUAGAGAGCCUACCAAGCAACCAGGAGCCUGCACCAGGGGAACCCCGACGCGGCGCUACAGUCAUCGCACACAGCCUGGGCGGUCUCAUAACCCGACACGCCGUCAACGAGCGACCCGAUCUCUUCGCUGGAGUCUUGUACGCAGGCGUACCACAACACUGCGUGAACAUCCUCGGACCCCUCCGCAGCGGCGACGACGUCCUCCUCAGCUCCCGCGUUCUAACAGCGCAAGUAAACUUUACCUUCCGCACGAGCUUCGCCCUCCUCCCCGAAGACGGCCACUGCUUUAUCGACAAGCAAAGCAAAAAAGAAUUCCGUGUCGACUUCUUCAACGCCCAAACCUGGGAGGACUACCGUCUCUCCCCUUGCAUGGGCCCCGCUCUCCCCGCACCCCCAACAACCCUCGGGUUCAAAGACAUCCCUAUUAUCGGCAAGCGCUUCUCCAUGGGUCCGCGCGACGACUCCGACGAAUUCCUGUCCCAAGAUCCACACAACCACCCGCAUGACGCACACAACGCCGUCACUGGAACAGACAAAGACAUCUAUGCCCGCCACACUGGUACGCCACAUAACCCAGCCUCAUAUGCCGCCUACGCAGCAGAAAAAGCUCAGAAUCCAGCCGACGGCUUAGUCGGGCCAGGCGCACACCCGCGCAGCAGCGGCGCAGCCAAUAAGAUAGCCACGACAAGCACCAUUCCGCUCGCCGCCGCGAGGGAGUAUUUGCAGCGCACGCUGGCAGAAACUAAACGGUUCAAGGAGAACUUGGCGUUCCGGCAGAGCCAUCAUUCCGAGAACAGAUACCCGCCUGCGGCAGUCCUCUACGGGAAGGCGUUGCCGACGGUGUAUGGUGCGCGGGUUGUAUCGCGUGAGAGUAUUAAGCAGGUUGAUGCGUAUGAUGAUCUUGCGUUUGCGGCUGGAGAUGGGGUUUGUCUUGCUUCGGCUGCUAUGUUACCGCCUGGAUAUAGGAUUAUCAAGGAUGGGUUGGUGAAGAGUGAGCGUGGGCAUGUUGGGCUGCUUGGGGAUCUUGAGGGGGUCGGGCAGUGUCUUAAGGCUAUUCUUCGGGGAAGGAAAGAGGGAGUUGGACUGGGGGAGAAGGAAUUGUGA